AUGGCGCUGUGUACAGUGAUACGGCGCCGGUAUCGAGGAAACGCCGGCUCAUGGCUGCGGCUUUGCCCGCGGACGAGCGUGCAUCGCCGGGCGACGCACGCAAACCAGCCCGUAACGAGCCAGGAGCCGGCACCGGGCGCCGAGGAAGUCAGCCCGGACGGUCACGCUCUGGUCUGCGCAGUGUGCCACUGCUUCCUCGGGGAGCAGUGGAACUCGUUCGAGCGGAGCCGCACGCCGAUCGAGAAGCGCAUGUACUGGCUAAAGAGGCCGUAUCAGUGCGACGCGCGCCGGGUUCCCCAAGAAUGGAACAUCACCUACGACCUGGAGAGGAGAGGGAGCGGCGGCAGUCAGAACUGCGAGGGCAACGAAUCGGAUCUCUCGUCUUUCUCCGACAACGAAAACGUGUCCGACCAAGAGGCGGAUGUGAUGGACAGAGGUGGGAAUAAGGACGGGUUUCUAAAAGCCUCUGGCGUUAGCAGAGGGUCCAGGGAUGGUGCGAGGAACAACUGCGCCGUCGGUGUUAAAAGCAGUCCCGAUUCGCAGCGGGCGAUCCGUUACCCUGUCAGUGUCUACGCCGCUCAGGAAACGCCGAAAGCGGACGGCGUCGUGCCGCCCCGGCGUGCAUCUAAAAUGAUGAACCAUAUGUCGUCGGUGUCGCUGGCCCAGUUCCAGGAGAGUCUGGCACCGCACGGGUAUGGCGGCCCUUCUGUCGAGACACCUGUGCAAGACAACGGAAUCAUCAUGCGCAACAAGCAGCGGCUACCGGAGCGAAAUGCCAUACAUGCCGCCGUGCGCCAGCCCCCGGCCGACAGCAGCUGUAACGCGAGACUGCAGCAUCUUCUCUUUCGCCCGGGCCGUAAAGGCGCAGAUGUUGGCGAUGUAACUGCGCCCCUGUCACCUGUUGGCGCGCAGGUUGCCUGCCAGCCCGACGCCGACAUCCCCGCGCGGCACUAUGCUCUUCAUCAGUUUCACGCGUCCGGCGACUCCGACGCGUCUGACAGCAACGAGAUUAACGUAACGAGCGACGACGAGCGGGAAGACGGGAGCAGCGCAAGGGAGCGUGCCGCUCCCCCGCUUGACGGCCAGGCAGAAGCCGCGCAGGUAGCCAGGCAUCAGCCCGGUCUGUCUGUCGACGAGUGCGCGUGCUACAUUUGCGGCGGCAGGCUGUCCCCGGGCCGGCGCUUCAAGGUGUGCGUGCAGAAACAGGAGCGAGCCGCCGAUGAGCCCUUCUUCCCCGUCCUGUGGCUCCACACACCUCCGCCAGGCGCCGUGCCCCUCAGCCCGGGCGGCUGCACGCUGGUGUGUGCCAGCUGCCACUCGUCACUCAUGCAGCAGUGGCGGGGUUUCGAGCUGGCCGCCGUGCCCGUGCUCCAGCGCCUGUAUGUGGUCCCGCUCGAUGUGGCCUCCACCGACGCCCUGUCCCCGUCUGGCAGCGCCGACGGGGCCAGGCCUCAGUGGGGGGACCUCGCGCCCAAGAUCCAGCCCCUUGCUCACACCCUGGCCUCUCUGCCUCUGGCGCACCCCGCUAGGGAGGCUUGCUACCUGUGCGGGCAGGAUUGCCGGGGAGAGGUAAGGCCCGAGGCGUGA